CUAGUAUUGUACGCCGGUGGAGAAACCUUUGCCCUCCGCAAGAGAUUGCAGAUUCUCGAGAAGCAGCUGAAACCCAGUAAUCUCACGAAUUUUUCCCACCUGGAAAAAAAAAACCAGAGCGAGAGAUAAUAAAUCAGUUUAAAACCCAGAGAAUCUGAUCGAUUUAAGCUGCUCCGGCGAUCUCUGAGGAAUAAUCGAGGAAUCGCUGGAAUUAGAAGAGAAAGGGAGAAGAAGAUACAAAACAACAUCGUAUUAGUUUGUUAUUUAAUAGUGGCGCAACGAGAAUCUUCAAGGUUUCUGGAAUCCAUCGCUAAUGCUUGUAUUCACUUUCCCAGAUGAAAUCUCAAUCGAGGACCGUAAUUUUUUUCAGAAGGACCUAUAAAUGGCUCUGUUCAGCUGCGGGAGAAGGUUCUCAUGGAGCUUAAAUUAAGCUCUUCGAGGAAAUUUAAAUGUAUUUUUCAACUCCUUAAUUAGAGGAUAACCAUGGAUGUAGAAGCUGCACCGAAAGUGAAAGGCGGGGUCUUUUUGACCUCAAAGACUAUUUGCUUUCCUUCAGUGAUGAUCUUCAGCCUGAUAUUCUUCGAGGAUGGAGGAAGACUAGUAAUCGCUCUUGUUGCGCUUGGAGAAGAAUCAAAUGCGAUCUCAACAACAAACGCGUUACCGGACUCUCCCUUGGAUUCUUAUAUCCCUUAGGUUAUAAUUCCGAUUAUCCUCCUCUAAUGAACCUAACCUUGUUGUAUCCGUUUGAGGAGCUUCAGAGUCUUAACUUGUCGCUGAGCAGCUUGGGAGGCUUGUUCGACGAAAGACAAGGUUAUAAGAGCCUUGCAAGAUUCAGACACCUUGAGAUUAUGGAUCUCAGUUACAAUUUUUUCAACAGCAGUGUCUUUCCAUUCUUGAAUGAGGCUCCGUCGCUCAAGAAGUUGAUUCUUGGUGGCAACUUUAUUAAGAGUGGCUUUCCUGUGAACGAACUGGUUAAUCUGAGAAGUUUGGAAGUACUAGAUCUUAAACUCAACAAUAUCAGCGGCCACUUACCAGGAAAAGAGCUCACCAAUCUGCAAAAGCUCAAAGCUUUGGAUCUAAGUGAGAACCAAUUCUCUGGUUCACUGCAAAUGCAAGGAAUUUGCAGAUUAGAGCAGUUGCAAGAGCUUCGGCUUAGUAAAAAUAGAUUUGUGGGUGAAUUCCCUCUCUGUUUAUCGAGCUUCUCCAAACUCCGAGUUCUUGAUCUAUCAUCGAAUCACCUUAGUGGGAAGCUUCCAUCUUUCAUCAGCAACUUAAAAUCCAUGGAGUACUUAUCGCUACACGAUAACAACUUCGAAGGGUUGUUCUCGUUGGAUUUGAUCGCUAAAUUGACAGAGCUCAAGGUUUUCAAGCUCUCUUCCAGGUCUAGUAUGCUGAAAGUAGUAGAGACUAAUGGUUCCACUGGCCUGAAAUCGCAGCUAAGGAGUCUCACAUUGGCAAACUGCAACCUGGGGAAAGUCCCCGGUUUUCUCUGGUAUCAGAAGGAAAUGCGGGUACUCGAUCUAUCGAGCAAUACGCUAUCCGGAGUGUUCCCCACUUGGCUGCUGGAGAAUAAUACAGAGCUUCAGGUUCUGUUGUUGCAGAACAAUUCAUUCAACACCCUUACACUUCCAAGACUGCACAUGUUGCAAUUUCUUGAUCUUUCAGCUAAUAACUUAAACGAUCAACUCCCCAAAGAUGUCGGUUUGAUACUUCCUUGGUUGAGACAUUUGAAUCUCUCAAACAACGAGUUUCAUGGGAACAUGCCCUCCUCUGUGGCCAGAAUGGAAGAUAUCGAGUUUAUGGACCUAUCAUAUAACAACUUCUCAGGGAAAUUGCCACGAAACCUAUUCACGGGUUGCUACUCACUGAAAUGGCUGAAGAUCUCUCACAACAGAUUCAGCGGUCCAAUUAUUCGAAAGUCGAGCGAGGAGACCUCGUUAAUGACUUUGAUCAUGGACAGUAACAUGUUCACUGGGAAGAUCACGGACAAUCUACGCAGCUUAAGGCUCUUGACGGUGAUAGACUUAUCCAACAACUUCCUCACGGGUACGAUUCCAAGAUGGUUAGGCAACUUCUUCUUAGACGUUCUGAGGAUCUCAAAUAACCGUUUACAAGGUGAGAUUCCACCUUCUCUGUUCAACAUGCCGUACCUCUGGUUAUUGGACCUUUCUGGAAACUUCUUGUCGGGGAACUUACCUCGGCGCUCGGACUCGGAGUACGGCUAUAUAUUGGACUUGCACAGCAACAAUCUCACUGGAACUAUUCCAGACACGUUGUGGAAAGGAAUGGUUUUGCUUGAUCUGAGAAACAACCGACUGUCUGGAAACAUCCCUCGGUUCAGGAGCACCCCGAGCAUCGAUGUUAUUCUGUUGAGAGGGAAUAACUUGACGGGAAAGAUUCCAGACGAGCUAUGCGGUUUAAGCAACGUAAGAAUGUUGGAUUUUGCUCACAACAGAUUGAAUGAGUCCAUACCUUCGUGUCUCACUAAUCUAUCGUUUGGUUUGGGAGGAGAUGGUCAUGCUGAUCCAGCUUGGUACCCGCCGAACAUGUUCUCAUACGAGAUGGAUAUAUACACCGAAGCAUAUUACGAGUCUGUACUUGUGUCAGACCGGUUUGCUCUAGACUACUCAGUAGAUUUCAAAGUCCAAGUCGAGUUUGCUGUGAAACAGAGAUAUGACUCAUACAUGAGAGGAACUCUUGACCAGAUGUUUGGCCUUGAUCUGUCGAGCAAUGAGUUAAGCGGUGAAAUCCCGGAAGAGUUAGGAGAUCUCAAGAGAGUACGUUCGUUGAACCUCUCGCGGAAUUCAUUAUCUGGUUUCAUCCCCGGAAGCUUCUCCAAACUGAAAAGCAUAGAAAGCUUGGAUCUUUCUUUUAACAAGCUACAUGGAACCAUUCCGUCACAACUCACAAUGCUGCAGUCUCUUGUCGUAUUUAACGUGUCUUACAACAAUCUCUCAGGUGUGAUUCCGCAAGGUAAACAGUUCAACACUUUUAGUGAGAAAAGUUACUUGGGUAAUCUUCUUCUUUGUGGAUCACCCACCAACAGAAGCUGUGGUACUACUAUGAGCUCAGGACAAGAAGAGGAAGAAGAAGAAGAAGAAGAAGACGUAGAAGAAGAUGAAAGACUCGAAACGGUGGUCUUGUGGUGGAGCGUGGGUGCGACCUAUGUAACGAUUUUGAUGGGUUUUUCUGUCUUCAUGUGCUUUGAUUCUCCUUGGCGUCGAGCAUGGUUUCGCCUUGUUGAUGCUUUUAUCGAUCGUCUAAAAGAUGUACUCGGAGUUAUCUGAGAUAGGUUUCGAGGAUAAUGAAAACCAGAAGUAAAUUUCUUGCAAUAUUUGAUUAAUUAUCCAAUCUUAUU